GUUACCGUUGAAAAUAAAUAAAUAAUUAAAUAAAGAUAUGAAUCGGACCGUUCGGAAAAUGUAGAAGAAGUAACCGUUACCAAUUCCAGUCUUUUCCUCAAAAAAAAAAGCUUACUUUAAAAACUCUCUUUCUCACUCUUCUCCUCACCAAAGCUAUCAAACAAAGCGCUCUCUCUCUCUCUCUCUCUCUUAAUCUUUCUCUACUUUCUCACUUCUCGACUCUCAUUCCUUCAUUUCCAUUCAUCAAUGGCCGAAACAAAGCACACCCACAUCGUAGAAAUCCCUGUAGACGAAGAGCAUCUACAAAAAUCAUCAUCCACAAACAUGGUCUCACUCUCAUCAGCCAUACAACACCACCCAUUAAUGGAAAUCUCAAACAGCCCUGGUCACCUCCUACUCCUCAAGCUCUGGCAAAGAGAAGAAGACCUCUACGGCCGUCGCAUGGCUCGUAAAGAAACCAGACUUGACUCCAUCAAAGGAGAGAUCUUCCAACUCUGCUGCUCCUUCCUCCUAUUCCAAGGCUUCUUCUUGACCCUUUUGUUCACUUCUUCCGUGCGUUCGGACCACGUGUUGGUCUGCAAGAAAUGGUGGAUUCCGAGCCUUGUUUCGGUUUCCACAUCGGCUGUGUUUGUGUUCCUUGUUCAGGUCAAGCUUUACAGGUUGUGGAAAGUGUGGAACCAGUUGCAGAGGGAGAGGAAUGAUAACAGAGCUGUGAGUAGGUGUAUUCAGGAGCUGAGAAUGAAAGGUUCAAGCUUUGAUCUUUCCAAAGAGCCAUUGAGUUGUGGUGGUGGAAAGAGAAUGAAGAGCUCUAGUGUUGAGAUUAAAUGGAAGCCAGUCACUUGGUGUUGUCAAUAUCUUGUUACUAUUUUGCUUGUUUGUUUUGCAGGUUUGGUCUUUCCUGCUUCCAAACUCAUUCUAUGCUACUUCUGAGCUUUUUUGCUAUAUAUAUAAUCGUAUCAGGAGUAUGGCUUCACUUCUCUUCUUCAUGUAAGUAUACACAUUGUACAUAUACAUAUACUAGUUUCUUUUCUUUUGGUUUAGUUUGGUUUGAGAUGGUUUCACUCGAUGCUUUGUGAUGGACUGGAUUAUCUUGGUCAUAGAGAGAAGGCUCUUCCUUGUUUGAAUUCUUCAGCAUCUUCUUCUUCAAGAGGGGAUGAAGCAUUUUGGUCCGAUGGUUAAAAAAAGCUCUCAUUUGAAGAAACAAAUGAAAAGGAAAGAAAAGGUCUUUGAAUUGUGAUGCUGACUCUGCCGAGAGACUUUUGAGGAGCUGUUAUUUCUUCCCACAAGACCAUUUUUAGGAACUGAGCAACACCACUUGUGUGUUCUCAGCCAAGUUUAUUACCCUCUAAUGUAUUAUUAUUAUUCUUUAUGAAAAACUAUAUCAUUCAUGCACCACAAUUUGGAAAAGCAUUCUUGAAAUCGAGGAAGCUGUAAUUUUGUA